AUGUUACUUUUACUAGUUAUAUCUACAUUCGUAUGCAAUUCAUUAAUACAAGCUAUUCCAUCAAUAUCUUUUUUCUAUCCGAAUAGUUUAACUGAUUCAACUUGUAAAGGUGACUAUUCGUGGACAAAAUGGUUUAAUUCAUUUCAACCAAAAAAUGAUAUAGAUUUUGAUCAAGAACUUCUCUCAAAAAUUCAAGCAGAAAAUGAUCGUGAUAUAUGUGCUAUACCUAAAGGUAUCCAAGCUCAAACAGUAAGUGCACUUGAAAUCGAUAUUAAUUAUGCAGUCUCAUGGAAAGCAACGAAUGGUAUAAUUACUGCAUGUAUUUCACGUACUCCUGGUGUUAAUUUUCGAGUACGAUUUUGUUGUGCAAAUAGUGAUUUUAUCACAACAACUACAACAACACCAAGACCUAUCGAUAGUCAUACAUGUGGUCGAACACAAAUAAAGCCAUCAUUGCAAUUUACGCGUAUUUUUGGUGGAGCACGUGCUAUACCACAUUCAUGGCCAUGGCAAGUUUUGUAUGAAGAAGAAAAACCAUGUGAAACAAAUAGAAUAUGUAUAGAAACUUGUGGUGGUACUUUACUUGAUUCAUAUCAUGUACUUACAGCAGCACAUUGUAUUAGAGGAAAAAAUGUUGAACAUAUUCUAAUUACAGCUGGUGUUCAUAAUAGACAAAUUGAUGAAUCAAAUACAAGACAAGAAAAAAAAGUUGCUCGUAUUUUUUUACAUCCUGAUUGGAAUAGUGAAACAUUAGCAAACGAUUUGGCUAUUCUUCAAUUGAGCAAACCUGUAGAAUUUAAUAAAUAUGUUCAACCAGCAUGUCUACCUGGUCCUGAUCCUCCUUCUAAUUCUGAUGUGAUUUUAAUUGGAUGGGGAGCUGAACAAAUGGGUGGAAAUCCAUAUGAUGAAUUAAAACAAGCUCAAGUUAAAGUUAUUGGCGAAUGUCAUCGAUUUUGGAAUCUAUUUGAUGAAGAAAAUCAAAUUUGUGUUGGACAAAUUGUUUCUGGUGAUUCAGCAUGUCAAGGUGAUAGUGGUGGUCCUUUAUUACAACAAUAUAAUGAUCAAUGGAUUGUACAAGGUGUAGCUAGUUUUGUGGAUGAUUGUAAAACAAAUGGAGAUUUUCCACCAAAUAUUUAUGUCAAAGUUUCAGCUUAUCUAACUUGGAUUAAAAGUAUUAUUAAUUAA